AUGCAUGCGUCGUCAGGACACGAAGAUUUUGAUUUCGAUGCCUUUCUAGCGGAAGUCCCGGAAGACGACUGGUCAGAUGCUCUAGAGUUUUUUGCUACGACAGCAGGCAGGUGCUGGAAGUGCAAGGCUUCGGACCAUUACCUCCAAGACUGCCCACAACGUUCGGGCAGAGCUCAAGCGACUAGAGCUACUCGCGGGCCCGGUGGACCUCAACAUCAGGGCAACUCUCAACGACAACUGGCAACUUUCGUCGGCUCUCUGUACACGCAACAAGGAAACAGCUCAUUGUCAGGACGCUCGCAAGCCCCCCCCAUGUCCCAGUUCCAAACGCAAGCAAAGAGGAUGGCCGAUUUCUACCGACCAAGGUACCAACAGUCACAAAGCCGCCAAACUCCGGCAACUUCGCAACAGCAACAACAUCAAAAAGGGGGGGCAUCAGCGCAAGUGAUGGAGAUUGGCGAGGUCCCAGACGAUCUGGAUGACCUGGAUUUCCGUGUGAUGUCGUUGGGGGAAGAUAUCGUAAGUCCUAUUGUCAUUUUUGAUACUGGGGCUUCCCAUCAUUUUUCUGGCUCGCGUUCCCUCCUUCACAAUUUCCGUACUCUCUCUAAACCGUUGCCCCUCUCGGUAGCUACCGCCGCCAACCAAUCCUUUAUUACCGGAGUCGGGAACUUGAAAUUCCAAGUGAAUAAUGGGUCUAUCAUUAUCAUAAAAGGGGUGCUUUUCUGUGAGCAAGCCAGAUCGAAUUUAAUUUCUAUGGCGGCGCUCAGGAAAUCUAACGCUUCUGUUCUGUAUGACAAUGACAGGGAUGCGUUUGAGAUUUUCAACAGUGCAGGCAAUCAUGCUUUUAGCUGUACACUUGACAAGUCAAAAAACCGGUGGUGCCUGCCUUAUGUUUUCUUACGGAGCCAUGCACAGGCUUUGUGUGAAAAUUUUUCAGCUUUCCUUUCUUCCACUCCUCAAGAUCCUCACUCUCCUGCCCAUCCAAUUCCUCUUGCUUCUCCGUCUCAUGUUUUCUCUUCCUCCCCUCAUGCUUCUAAUGUCUCCUGGGCGGAUAUGCCAACACCUUUAACAUCAAAUGUGACUGCUUCUCCUAUGAUGAAUGCUGCGACCACAAAGUUCAGUAAUGAAAAUUUUUCCAAAGCACCUAUUGCAAAAAUUGAUGAUUUCCAAUGGAGACCUGAGACUCUCUCAAAAGACGAGAAACAGCUGUUAUUUUGGCAUCGAGUCUUUGGUCAUGCAGGGCUACGUGUCCUAAGAAAACUGAUCAAAGAAAAUCUUGGGGAAGGUUUACCAAAAUCACUGCCACAUGGAUCUAUCCACUGCCCGGUUUGUGCAAUCAGCAAAAGUACAGCUCUGAACACUCUCAACUCAACAAAAAGGGACAUCAAGCGAAUGGAAAUCUUGGCGGUGUAA